AUGCAUAGCCCUUUGACUUUGACUGUGUUGGUAGCUGUUGUCACAACGGCAUCGUGUGCUAUCAUUCCUAUACCAGGUGAUCGUGCUGCGAAAGAAGCUGGACCACAGUUUCCCGCGCAGCCUCCGUCUAAUGCAUUUCAUAUCAUUCCGCCAUGGCUUGCGAGUUUGCUAGAGGAUGAUGAGCCAACACCAGCUCCAGCUGCUGAGCCAAGUACCACUCCAAUUAUAGUACCUACUACAUCAACGGUGUCGACGCCGCCACCUCCACCGCCUCCCCCAAGCACUACGUCUAUUAGCGUACCAACAUCAUCUACAUCGACUACGCCAUCAAGCUCAUCAUCAGUCUCACCUACUGCUAUCCCAGUUGAUGUGCCAAGUACAAGCCACCAGGCAGUUUCUUCAUCAACCCCAGAACCGUCUCCAUCAACCAGCUCGUCAACCCCGACCCCAAGUACUUCAACCCCGGCACCAAGCACUUCGUCCAAGCCUGAGACACAAAGCGUUUCCAGCAAGACGACAAGUAGCGAGACAAGCAGUGCGGCAAAUGCCCCAGCUACGAAGACUUGCCCUGCAUCUGGGAGUCAGCCUUCAGGCAACUACUGGCUAGAUGCCCAGGACCACAAAGAAGGUGGUUCAGGAUACGCCCCCUACGCUGGUGGUACAAAGGUCUACCCGGUUUACAGGAAUGUAAAAGACUAUGGCGUUGCAAAUGAUGGCUCGGGCGACCAGACAGCCAAGCUCCAGCAAGCUAUAGAUGAUGAUGGAAACGGCGGUAGCCGUAAAGGCAAGGGCACUACUCGUUAUCCCGCGGAGGUCUUUCUUCCCGGUGGCACAUAUGUGCUUGGAAGUACUUUGACACUCACAGUUGGAACUAUCAUUGUUGGAGACCCUUCAGACCCUCCUGUUAUUAAGGCUAGCGCCAACUUCAAAGGUCAAUUCCUCAUCAUGGGAUACGAUAAGCAAAACGGAAACCCCGAGACUAGCUUUUUGAUGCUGGUGAAGAAUGUUAUUCUGGACACAACCUCCAUUCCAAAGGAUGAUAAGAUUACUGCCCUGCAAUGGGGGGUUGCGCAAGGAUCUGGGUUGACAAAUGUCCAAAUCCACAUGCCUACCAACUCGCGUGGACAUACUGGUAUUGACAUCGUCGCUGGAUCCACCAUCGCAGUGACGGAUGUGCGAAUCGUCGGUGGCGCCACUGGUAUCAUUAACUCUAACCAGCAAGUGAACUUCAAGAAUGUCCAUUUUGUCGCCUGCGGCACAGCUUUCGACGCCAAGGGUGGAUGGACCGUUCUCCUGCAAGAUGCGUACUUCGAGUCAUGUGGAACAGGCAUCAACAUGACCAGCAACGGUCUGGGAAGUAUGGUAUUGCUUGAUUCCACUGUUACCAACUCCGGUCCUGUCGUUAGAUUCCAUGAUUCAUCCCAUGAUACUGGCAACCAGAACAGCCAAAUACUCAUCCAGAACCUUGUACACGAUGGAUCGAACCCCAUUGCCGUCGAUGAUGAGGGAAAGACAAAACUGGAAGCCAUGUCGCACGUUGACACCUGGCUCUGGGGUACUCUUGUUCAGGGAGAGUAUGAGCAAGGUGCAACCCACAAAACAAACAGACCAAACGCUUUGCUUGUUGGCGACAAGUUCUUCACCAAGGCUCAGCCUACUUACAUGGAGUUCGGUGCUGCUGAUGUGGUUAAUGUCAAGACUGUCUCUGGACACCCUGUGAAGGGUGAUGGCUCCACUGAUGAUACCAAGUCGCUGAAUGCUAUUCUGAAGCAGAAUGCUGAAAACUGCAAGAUCACUUUCAUCCCCUAUGGUGUCUACAGAGUCUCUGAUACUGUCUUCAUCCCGGUUGGCACACGUAUCGUUGGCGAAGCUUGGUCUGUUAUCUCUGGCUACGGCGAUGCGUUCAAGGAUGAAAAAAACCCCAAGGCGGUUGUGAAGGUCGGUAACCCCGGCGAUGUCGGUCUCAUUGAAAUUCAAGACAUGCGCUUCUCAGUCGGCGAGGUCUUGCCCGGCGCAAAGGUGGUCGAAGUCAACGCCGCUGGAUCCCAGCCCGGUGACGUCGGAAUGUGGAACACAGUGGUUUUGAUCGGAGGCACAGCCGAGACCAGCAUCUCAAAUUCCUGCACGUCACAAGAUCCAAAGGAUUGCAUGGCCGCGUUCAUGGUUAUGCAUCUUACUGAGAGUUCCUCCGCAUACAUCGAGAACUUCUGGGGCUGGACAGCAGACCAUAACCUUGACAGCACCUCGCUGCUCACCAUCGUCUCAACCGGUCGCGGUAUUCUCGUUGAAGCAACAAAGGGAACCUGGCUUACAGGAACCGGCUCCGAGCACCACUGGCUAUACAACUAUAACUUCCACAACGCCGCCAAUCUCUUCGCCGGUCUCCUGCAAACUGAAACCCCAUACAUGCAAGGCUCCGGCGAAUACGAGAACGCCCCCGCCCCCUGGUCCGCAGAUCCCAAGUAUGGUGAUCCGGAUUUCACAUGGUGUGCCCCAACAGACCAGAAGUGCCGCAGCGCCAUAGCUACCAACGUCGAUGGCGGCUCAAACAUCGCACUCUACAACUCAGCUGCAUGGGCAUUUUUCGAUGGAUACUGGAAUGGGCUUUACAAUGAGCCUUGCAAUGGCAAGUGUCAAGCUAACAUGAUGCGCGUGGCCAAUGCCCCGCAGAACCUGGUGUGGUACUCGAUUAGCACCCGGAUGACCGAGGUAAUGGUGCUGGAUGGAAAGACCAACCCGACCGAGAAACAGCAUCCUGGUGGCUGGGAGGGUAUUAUUCAGGCUUAUGCGGAAUUCUCUUCUUGA